AAAUUGGACAAUAAACCUCUGGCCUCCACAAGCACACACAUACAGAGAGAGAGAGAGAGAGAGAGAGAGAGAGAGAGAGAGAGAGAGAGAGAGAGAGAGAGAAAGGCCCAAAUAUAUGAGGUCAAGAAACUUGCCCAAGUCAGGGUCAGGCUGGGUGGUCAGGUGGUGGUGGAGUCGCACGCCUUUAAUCCUAGCAUUCAGGAGGCAAAGGCAGGCAGAUCUCAGAGAAUUUGAGCCCAGCCUGGUCUACAAAUCAAGUUCCAGGACAGGCAGGACUGUUACACACAGAAAACCUGUCUCAAAAAAGCAAAACAAACAAACAAACAGAAAAGAAACUUGCCCAAGUCUCAUAACCUCAACAGUAGAGUUUGGAUCCCAUUCCUAGCUCUUGAUUAUGUGUAUAAUCAGCUAUGUUUAGUGAAGGUCAUCAGGGAAGGCAGUGACCUGGUCUGGAUUUGGGGCAUGGUUCAUAUAGGGAAUGCUCAAUGGGAUAUACAAUAGGCAGUAUGUCUGAGGUUUCCUUGUUUGGAUUGAGAGAAGACACGCCGUCACUCAUCAAUUAACACCAGUAAAAAUAAAAUAUUUUCACCAGGUAUGGUGGCACACAUCUUUAAUCCCAGCACUCAGGAAGUAGAGGCAGACAGAUCUCUGUGAGUUUGAGGACAGCCGGGUCUAGAUAGCUAGUUCCAUGACAGUCAGAGCUAUACAGAGAAACCCUGUUUUGAGGGGGGGAAAAAAAGUGAUAGAUGAAGACAUUAGUGUCAACCUCUGGUCUCCAUAAGAGCAUGCACCCUCCCCCUACACACACACACACACACACACACACACACACACACACACACACACACGGUGAUACUUUGUGCUUUAACAAAUAAAGCUUCACACACACACACACACACACACACACACACACACACACACACACACACGGUGAUACUUUGUGCUUUAACAAAUAAAGCUUGCCUGAAGAUCAGAGUGUGGAGCUAAGCCACUAGUGAGUCAUAGAGGCCAGGCAGUGGUGGUACACACCUUUUAAUCCCAGCACUCAGGAGGCAGAGGCAGACGGAUCUCUGUGAGUUCAAGGCCACUCUGGGCUACACGAGAUUGUUUCAGUCUAAAAGAGAAACGGAGCCAAGCAGUGGUGGCACACACCUUUAAUCCCAGCUCUUGGGAUCUCACACACAUUUAAUCCCAGCAAUAGGGAGGUGGAGAGAGGAAGCUAUAUGGCUGGGCAGAGAGAGGAAUGUAAGGUGGGAGGAGACAAGCUCAGGUCUCCUUUCCACUGAGGAGUUGGUGAGGUGAGAGGUGGUUGUGGCUUAUUCCUUUAUCUCUCUGAUCUUUCAGAAUUACCCUGAUAUCUGGUUCUGAAAUUUUAUUGAGACCAAUUAGGAUUUGUGCUAUACACACACACACACACAAAUACACAUUAUCGAAUAUUAGUUGAAGAUGUGUUACAUUUAUUUAUGCUGUGGAACAUUUGUUUUAUGAUGCAAAGACAUGUACAUUUUUUUUUAUGUUGCAUUUGUUUAACUCUCAAAAAAUGUGUCCCUAGCUGGGCGGCGUGUUUAAUCCCAGCACUCCAGAGGUAGAGCCAGGCUGAUCUCUGUGAGUUUGAGGCCAGCCUAGUCUACAGAGCAAGAUCCAGGACAGUCACCAAAACUACACAGAGAAAACCUGUCUCAAAAACAAAACAAACAAACAAACAAAAAAAGCUGGGCGGUGGUGGCUCAUGCCUUUAAUCCCAGCACUUGGGAGGCAGAGCCAAACGGAUCUCUAUGAGUUCAAGGCCAGACUGGUAUACAGAGCAAGUUCUAGGACAGGCUCCAAAGCUACACAAAGAAACCCUCUCUCAAAGGAAAAAAAAAAUGUAUCCCUGCCUGACACUUAUCACAAAAAGAAAAAAACAAAACACAAAACUGAAACAAUUAAUAAAUAUCUAGAAGAUAUGGUAAACACUUUAGAAGAAGCAGUUUUAUUUAUAGGUAAUCAAAUUCAAAACAUUAGAAGUUAGAUUGCUUUCUGACAUUCACAGUUGAAAUGGAUUUGUGUCACUCCACUUCCACAGAAUGCUUCUAAGGUAACCUGGACACAGGUUAGGUCCCACCUCCAUGGUCUGUGGAACAAUCUGAACUAGCUAUAAACAUGCAGUCUUUGCAUUGACAAAUUUCAGCCAUUAGUUCAGCUCAACUGGAGUCCACCUCAGCUUCUGAGCUUACAUAUAGCUUCUUAGGAUCUCUCACUUCUUUUGUCUCAGGACAGAGCUUUUGGUCUAGGAUCAUUAAUUUGGGAGUGAUCCUGAGAGUUAUGUUUAUUUCAUCCUUGUCCUUCCCAGUCAUCUUCCAAGGACUGAAAAAUGCCCUACGUGCCACACAAUAAUAUCUACAGACUCUUGAGUUAACAAAAAAGGGGGAUAUGGCACAGCCAUAUCUGAAUGGAGUGGCAAAAGUCCUAAAGCCAGCCCAGCUGCUUGACAAAGAUCCAGCAAAGCUGAGCUGCAUGAUGGCCGCCAGGCCACUUUUGGUUUUCAUCUCUGCCUGUUGCAUACUUGGGGGACUUUUAGUAUUUGUACAAUUUGGGGAUACUGGACUGAUGGAAAAAUUCUUAGAAAUAAUUUAUGCCUUCUCCCAAGAGUACUGCUUCUAAGCUUCCCCAGGAAAAUCCUGAACAUACUACCCCUCCUGCUUUUAGGGAGAUAUCCUUAUCUACUUGAAGAUCUUCCUUAUGCCUUGGAGGUUGUUGUGACACACAUAAAGAAGCCAGAGGUCUCUUUCUGAGGCUAUGAGAUAUUCUUGAAACAUCUGUCCCUGUACUUACUCAGGAACAAGAUAAUCAAAACGAAGUAAACUUAAAAAGGUCAACAAGAUUCAGUGGGCUAGAGGAGUUGGCCACAGAUCAGACUGCAAGCCUCUUCCCACUAUACACUCAGACAAUUAUGUGAUAUGUACAGCAACAAAGUGAGAUUAGCUGAAGUUACCUCUGCCCUACACAGAGACUUAUACUGAUGAACAAAGAAUGAUAUAAAAAGAUGAUAUAAGAAUGAGAUGUCAGGACCUCCCUUUCUUAAAAAAGUUAGCACAUGCAGAGGCACUGUGAUGUCAUAUGACCAAGGAACAACAGAUUGCCAGGAUUAUACAUAUAAACAAAUUCUAUAAAGAUAUAUUAUGCCAGAAUUUGAAUAAUAACUGCAGCAACUUGGUCACUCUGACCAUUAAGAGUUAAUAAUACACUGCUUGGGACAUGGCAAUCUGCCCAGCUGGCUAGGAGAUUUUGUUUUGGUCUAGGGUCCUUGAAACCACAAAAGCAGAUGUAGCCCAAGAAUAGGCUGUCAUAUGCCUCUAGAUUCUGUUCUUUUUUUUUUUUUUAAGACAGGGUUUCUCUGUGUAACAGCCCAGCCGUCCUGGAACUUGCUUUGUAGACCAUGCUGGCCUUGAACUCACAGAGAUCUGCCUACCUCUGCCUCCUGAGUACUGGGAUUUAAGGCGUGCACCACCACCACUACUACCAGGGGCUGCCAAAGAGGGCAAACAAGCGCGUGGAACCUGGAAGCCAGAGAACAUCGCUGUACAGGAAAGAAACUGAAGCCGUUUUCAGAGCCGGCCUGGGCCCGUAGAAACUCUCGGAAUCUAUCUACCAUGGAACGUGAGCUUGGCUUGUUGCUGUUGCUCCUGACGCUGGCGCAUGCCUCUCCCGCCACGCCAGAGCCCUGCGAGCUGGAUGAGGACAGUGUCCGCUGCGUCUGCAACUUCUCAGAUCCGCAGCCGGAUUGGUCCAGCGCUUUUCUGUGUACCGGGGCGGUGGAUGUGGAGUUCUACGGCGGCGGUCGCAGCCUGGAGCACUUUCUAAAGCGUGUGGACACCGAAGCAGACCUUCGGCAGUACGCAGAUGUGGUCAGGUCCCUGCCCUGGCAGCGGCUUACCGUGGGGGACGCGCGGGUUCCUGCUCUGAUGCUAUUCGGAGUCCUGCGUAUGCUCGGGUAUUCCAGCCUCAAGGAACUGACUCUUGAAAACCUCGAGGUAACCGGCACCACGCUGCCGCCGCUUCUGGAAGCCACCGGACCCGAUCUCAACACCUUGAGCCUCCGCAACGUGUCGUGGGCGACAGGGGAUGCCUGGCUCGGAGAACUGCAGCAGUGGCUAAAGCCUGGACUCCAGGUAUUGAGUAUUGCUCAGGCACACUCACUCAACUUUUCCUGCGAACAGGUCCGAGUCUUCCCCGCCCUUGCCACCUUAGACCUGUCUGACAACCCCGAACUGGGCGAGAGAGGGCUGAUCUCGGCUCUGUGUCCGAGCAAGUUCCCGGCCCUCCAAGUUUUAGCGCUGCGCAACACAGGGAUGGAGACGCCCAGCGGCGUGUGCUCUGCGCUGGCCGCAGCAAGUGUGCAGCUGGAAGAACUGGACCUUAGUCACAAUUCACUGCGGGAUACUGCAGGCUCUCCCGGAUGUGACUGGCCUAGCAAGCUAAACUCGCUCAAUCUGUCUUUCACUGAACUGGAGCAGGUGCCGAAGGGACUGCCAGCCGUGCUCAGGGUACUUGAUCUCAGUCACAACAGGCUGGAUAGGAAACCUAGGCCAGAUGAACUGCCCAAGGUGGAUAAAUUGUCACUUAAAGGAAAUCUCUUUUUGACCCCUGAACCCCACUCGGAGGAGUACAACUCUGGUGUAGUCACAGCCCCAGUGCGUUCGUCCCUGGCAGUGUGCGUGUCAGGAACUCUGGCUGUGCUCCAAGGAGUCAGCCUUUUUACCUAAUGCCAAAGGGAGAAAAAGGAACAAUUGCAUUGUUCUGGCUUCUGAGGGUCCGGUCAGAAUGAUCAGAACUUCUUGACCAACCAAUCCUCUGCCUUACAAUUAUUAAAAUCUUAAACCACGAUGUAAGGGAAAAAAGACAGUCUUAGGUGGCUCAGUGGGUAAAGGCCACCAAGUUUGACACCUGAUUUUGAUCCUCAGCAUCCACACGGAGGGAAUGAACUCACUCCUGAAAGUUGUCUAUCUGACCUCCACACACGCGCUGUGUGAUACAGUUGUGUUUUGUAUGUGUGUGUGUGUGUGUGUGUGUGUAUACAAAUGUGUUCACAAAAUAAAUAUUUUUAAAAUAA